GCUGAACCUGUCUGUGGCACUACAGUGCCGUUGAUUUGGACCGUGCAGUCGAGUGCACGCAUGCAUUUUGCUCUAUGCUCCUAGCUAGGGCUGCAGAUCAUCACUGGCUAGCUCAAUCGUACUACAGUGCUCGAUAACGCUGGCUCCAUUUAUAUAUCUGUGCUGUGUUGCCUCAGCCUGACACGGACACUUUAUUUCCAUGCAAGUUAGAUCGAUUCUUGUGAGUAACUCUUUCGCCUCCUUGAAUUUCUGUCGGCAACACACAGAUCCUGAAUUCAGAUUUUGAUCGACCCACAAUAUAUAAUAGAUUGUAACAUCAGUAGUAUCAUGUGCGACUUCUUUUGGCUGUCGCCGGCCGAUCAAGCAGGCGACCUCUCGGACGUUGUCCGGGCGAGCCUGCAGCCACCGCCGCCGCCGCCUCACCACCACCGACUGCCGCCGCCGGAGGAGGAAGAGGGGUUGCUGCUGCUGCAAGCCCGAGUGAACUUCGAUGGCGACGAUCACGAUGAAGCGCGCUCGCAGCAGCUGGUGCAUGGCAAUGGCAGCAUGAGGCUCAUGCUGGGCAGCAACGGCAGUGGCGGCUGCGCUUGUGAUCAUGCUGCUGCCCUGUGUCCCCAGCACCAUCCAGAGGCAGAGCGACUGAUUCCUCAGCCGCCCAUGUCCGGGCCGCAGCCACAGUUGUGCGCUGCUUCCAGCUUCGUCGUCGAGAGGGACGAUGAUGAUGCUCCCGUUCUGGAGGAGCAUGUCCUCGACAUGGCGACGGCCCCUCACCCUCAUCCUCAUACCUCGGCAAUCAAGCGAAGGAAGAGCCAGACGAAGAAGGUGGUGUGCAUCCCUGCGCCGGUGGCAGCGCCGCCACCGGGGGUGGGCGGGCGGCCGAGCACGAGCGGCGAGGUGGUGCCGUCGGACCUGUGGGCGUGGAGGAAGUACGGGCAGAAGCCGAUCAAGGGGUCGCCGUACCCGAGGGGGUACUACCGCUGCAGCAGCUCCAAAGGCUGCUCCGCCCGCAAGCAGGUGGAGCGCAGCCGCACCGACCCUUCCAUGCUCGUCAUCACCUACACCUCCGACCACAACCACCCAUGGCCGACGCAGCGCAACGCGCUCGCUGGCUCGACCAGGCCGGCCUUCUCCUCCUCGUCGGCGGCCAGGAGUCAUCACCAUCACCACCAUCACCAUCACUCCGCGGCUGCCGUUCCGGAUACGACACUGGCCCACCGUCACGCCAGCAACGUCGCCGUCGCCGACAAUGCGACGCCAGGGUGGUCCAUCAUUAGCGCCAGUGUUCAUCACCAGCUGCUCAAGCAGGAGGUGGUCGACGUGGAUAACCACCCCAUCAGCAAGCAGCCGGCGCAGGACGCUGCAGCUGACCGUGACUGCUUGGACAUGUUUGCUGAUAUGGACGGCGCCCUCGACGUCCUGUGCGCCUCCAACUUCCACCCAAAAAAGCAGCAACAGCAGGUCACUGCUGCUCAGCACUUGGAGAAGCUGCCGGAGGAAGAAGACGAGCACUUGCUGCUGGGUCCGGAUCCUUUCAGCUUCAGCUUCUUGGACUGGGUUGGCGCUUCAUUUGGAGUUGGAGAGACAGCAGCAGAUAACGGUGAUCACAGUUAGCCGGCCUAAUAAUCCAUCAUCACUACUACUAUUAAUCUAGCUAUAACUGAUCUACAUCCAGCCAUCCAGCUAGUCUCUCUUUAAUUUCGUAAUCAAAUUAAGCGCGCCAACAGAUCUAUGUUGAUAUUAUAUUGUUAUAAAGUUUUUAACUAGCUAGUCUCUUUUGAGUA